UUUUCACUUUCUGAACUCUACUUUCAGGUCCAGCAGACUGUGGAUGCAACCAGACAGGUUCGAGGAGAGUCCCCAACGGUUGAGAUGAACGAGGCAUCUCCCAUCACAUACACUCAGGACCUCCCUGCAUCAGUGGACCCCGAGGACGAUGACCCUGCAUGCCAGACUCAGUCGUCCGUAGAGAAACACCGACAAUGCAGCAUAACCACUUCGACGUCCAGAAGACGAAGUCGAGAAUCUGAUGACCAGGACCUCAUUACUACCCUUGCUGGGUCAGCAAGAAGCAACUCGGAGCAGGCGGACGCCCUCCUUCACCUAGCCCAGGGCCUCCUUCAGUCACGACAGGGCAACAGGCAGCUUCGCACUUUCACUGAUUACAUAUACGAGUCUAUGGUUAGUCUCCCAAAGGAGGUCCAGGUUUUUUGUCGCAGGGAGAUGUACCAGGUGUUGGAAAAAUACCAAGAGGAAGCGGGUACUAUCAGAAAAACUCCACCACAGUCUAAUGAUCAGCGGCCUGGAUGCAGUAAAGAUACAGUCCUCAGGGAGGAGGGAUAUUGUCAUCCUGCUCCUAAUCAGUGGCCGACUCAGCCUUCGAGGCCCGGAGAUUUUGAGAUCCUGAACUUGGCCAAGCCUCCUUCCCCUACUCCUCCUCAGACAACACCUACCGACAGAACACCAAACAACGUCAGCCUCCCUAGUGAUAGCAGCUUAAUUAACUUAAGCUUGAAGUCACUGGAUUUUUCGGACCAACAGCAGAUCCUGGAUCUGCCCGUUGCGCAGGAACAGCAGGAUGAGCCUCAACCUCGACUAGAGGAACAUUUAACCUACCACAGUUUGUAGACACUUGUUGUCGUAAGGAUAUCUUGUA